CGGAACCGAUUUUGUGUGGCGUGUAGGCCAAGGCCUAGGCUAGUGUUCUUUAAUUCCCAUCCCCUUAUGAAUAUAUUACUGGUUUUCCAAUUACUUGAAGUCAGUAUUUGUUAGGCCUGCCUGCGGUUUAUGUGGAUCACAUAAUCUGACUGAGCUAGCCUGGACCUAAGGCUACGGUCUACAUCUAGGACUGCAAAACAAACAACAGGCCCAAGCAGACUAUUAGACAGGGUUCCAAGCAGUGAUGAAGUGGAUUAAUUGAAGCUGUUUUGAGAUGGUAUAAGUUGGUCUGUUAAUUUGAUGUGCUUGUAAUCAAUGUUUUUAAGUUGUGUUUCGGAUACACCUUUGUUUAAAGUGCCACUGCCACUGAUGUAAGUAUUUUAGCGACCAAGGCUGAAUGAAAAUAACCUUGAAAUAUCCACCAUGUUUGGACAAUUCAAAGAGAAACUACAGCUUGUACAGCACGAUCUAUCAGCCAGUUUCAAGUCACUGACCACCAAAGCAAGAGAAGUCGGUAUUGGAAAACGAGUUACAACAGAUUUUAAUGAGUGUCUUCCAGACAGUCCGAUCAAAAUCAAACUAUGCAGAUAUGAAGCAGGUGCUGAACUUCUCAACAAAUUCCAGUCAUCUUGGGUGGAGGUACAUAAUGACAUUGAAACGUCAGCCUCAAGAGCAACAGCUGUGGAUGCACGUCUGCAUGGUGUUCUCCAGGGCUAUGAGAAGAGGACAGAAUCUCUCCACCAACUGCACAAGCAUCUGCAGGACCUGCCUACUAUGAUGCAAGACAUUCAGAAAAUGACAGUGACAGUAGGGCGAUUAGAAGCUUUCUUUGAGGAACUAGAGUGCAUGAUAAUCAACUUUGAAGAUCUUGUUGAAACAGAAGAAUUCAAAAUGAACCAAAUUAAUAAACAAAAAGAGUUACAAAAAUAUAAAACACAAAAAGAUAUUGAAUAUGCUAGAACAAAAGCUCAUCUUCAAGCUGAAAAUGAGCAGAUGUUUAAGGAGUUUGAAAAAGCUGAGGAAGCAAAGAUGAAGGAAAGGCAACAGGCCUUUGAAGAGGUUUUUACUGCUGAAAUGGAUCACUAUAAACAGCAUGGCAAGGUUAAUGAAAAAGUUGUCAGCAGAGAUAAGAAAUCAACUAGCUCUAUAGAUGACUUUGAGCUUCAAGUUGAUGAUAGUGACAGAAUGGCUUUAGAUGAUUUCCUUGGAGCAGACAUUACCACGACGACAAGGGUUUCAGGAAAAAUACAAGAACGUGAUGAGAAUGAUGAAGAGGAAGAUGAUACAAAGCCUACAAAACAUGAAGAAAUUAGUAAUGAAAAAACACAUCAAAAAGAGAAAGAUGAAACUAAUCAGGGAAAAGAAGAACAUGAUGAACAAUCUAUUUUGGGGCAUGAUGAAGAGAAUGUCACACAUGAAAAGAAUGAACUUAUAAUUGAAGAAAAGAACGAUAAGAGGUUGAGUGAUAGUGAAGAGAAAACCGAGGAAGAAAAUAGUAGAAUUGAGGAGGCUGAAGGAAUGGAUGUGGAACACGAAGGUGAUGGAAAUGGAAAUGAAUGUGAAACUGACCAAUCAACAAAUUAAAAAAAAAACUUUAGUUUAGUUGCAGUGGCAAUUAGGAAAAAACAAAACCAAAUUGCUUUGCUCUUGUUUUAAAUUCUCAGAAUAUAUAUUUGUAAUACCACAAUAAUAAGUCAGACCAGAUCAGUCAACAUGUUUAAAGGUUAGGAUGGUGGUUUUUUUUUUCAUCAUAUUCCAUAGAGCAUGGUGCAGCUGUGACCCUCAUGUUUACCCUAACCUCAAACGUAUUGUACCAAUGUUUGUUGGUGGAGUUGCCUGGAGACUUAUGUGGGGUGACUAAGCCCAGCUUUGCUUGAUAUCUUAGGGUGACUAGAGGCUCUUCUGCCCAGAGGCUGAUUGAGAUGGGCCUACUGAGCGUGGUGCAGCUGAUCUGUUGUCUAUCAGUUCAAUGGAGUAUUGGUGCUACAUACAGUGCCUAUAAGGUUAACAUCUCUGCACCAAGUACAGACUUGGUGCAGAGCAGAUAAUGGCUGUUCCCACGAUAUGCUGACUGUGAGGGGAUGGCAUGUAAGCAGGAAAUGGAAAAUUAUAAAUAGGUAAAAUAAAGCAUUAUAUGGAUAAAAAUAUGGAACAGAAAUAUAAAAUAUGAUAUAAAAUAAAUAUAUAGUGAAGUCUGUAGCAAAGUCAAAAUAAAUAUGCAG